GUUUGCCACGCUCUAUACGUUCACGAGCAAACUGGCACAGUGGCACGGCAUGGCCUACUGGAAACAUCUCAAACCAAGCAGCAGCCACGCGGCCACGCCACACAGGAAACUCAUGGCCAGGGCUGUCUGCGUCGUCACCGCUCGCCCCCACCUCCCCCUGCCUCCGGCUCUCGCCCUCCCUGCCGCCGCAAAAAAGCCUCUCUUCCGCUGCAGGGCCUCAUCCACCAUGGACGCGGCUUCGGCGAGCUUGCCGGACGCCGAGAAGAAGACUACAACCGUCUUUGUCGCCGGCUCGACGGGGCGCACCGGCAAGCGCAUCGUGGAGAAGCUGCUGGCGAGGGGCUUCGGCGUUGUCGCCGGCACAACGGACGUGGGCAGGGCCGGCGGCAGCCUGCCCCAGGACCCCAACCUUCAGCUCGUCAGGGCUGACGUUACGGAGUCUGCUGACAAGCUGGUGGAAGUGGUGCGAGGCGUGGACGCCGUCGUCUGUGCAACGGGAUUCCGGCGGUCCUUUGACCCUUUUGCUCCGUGGAAGGUUGACAACUUUGGCACAGUGAACCUGGUCGAAGCAUGCCGAAAGGCAGGCAUCACAAGAUUUGUACUUGUCAGUUCCAUUUUAGUUAAUGGGGCCGCCAUGGGUCAACUUCUGAAUCCGGCCUACAUUGUGCUCAAUCUACUUGGCUUAACACUGGUUGCAAAGCUACAAGCAGAGAAACACAUCAGGAAAUCAGGAAUAAAUUACACCAUUGUAAGGCCUGGCGGGCUGACAGAUCAACCAUCAACUGGGAAUAUAGUUAUGGAGCCUGAGGACACUCUUUAUUCCGGAUCCAUAUCAAGGGAUCAGGUUGCUGAAGUAGCUGUGGGAGCAUUAUUGUGUACAGAGUCUUCCUACAAAGUUGUCGAGAUUGUUGCCCGGGCUGAUGCUCCAAAUCGCCCUCUGGAGGACAUGUUUGCUGCAAUUAAGCAAAAUUGACAGUUCCAUCACAUUGGUUACAUAGGCAGACGCGCCCGAAUUAUGAGGAUUGUAUCAGCUAUGCAGAAAGCGAAUGUGUCCUUAGAAUGAAGGAUACUGCCAAGUGUUUUAGUUUGCUUUACAACAAAUGAGCAUUGUAGACCAGAUUAUAAUCCAUAUGUAUUUGACAUGCGGUAAAAUGAGGUGUUUAUAAAAUAUAUGCUGAUGUUAGUUAUCGUUCAGGAUUUUUAAGAUCCUGAAUAUCG